AUGGGCCGAGGGAACAUCCAUAAAGCGUGGUUAAAAUUACGACAUGCUAUUGCGGUCGCAGAGUUGUUAGGACUUCACAACCUGUUUCAAGUCAUCCAAAUCGGUUCUGCUACCGAGUCUACUGAUGAAGACGUCAUGAACAAAUUGCGGCUAUGGGAUUUGAUAUGUGCUGCAGACAGACUGUUGGGGAUGGUUCUCAACAUUCCUCCAAUAACCGGUCGUCAUCAACAAUUGGCCAACCAUUCUGUAUCCAUCAAUGGCAUCGUGCAAACCCGGGUGUAUCUCUGUCGCCUGACAGAUAUAGCCAAUAAAAUCCAAGAUCUUGAUCUCAUCAGCAAAUUCAAUGCAUCUGGAACGAAGAACUAUGAAUUUACUUUGGAGCUUUCUAGGGAGCUGAAAGCACUUGCCUCCCAAACCCCAGAAGCUUGGUGGUCAGGGGGAGUGCACGGUACAAACAAUGCUCACCCUGAUCACAUAGUGCAGUUUUUGCAUUAUUAUGUCGCCAUGAGAAUCCACCUGCCUCUCAGUCUACGACAAGGCCCAGGCGGUGAAAACUUGUUCAAUUGUUUGGCUUGUGUGGCCGCGUGUGAGUCGAUGGUACAACGAUAUCAGUUGUUGAGUCAAACGCUUCCACCUGGUCUCUUUCUUUCUGAAAUGUUGGACAUACAAGCGUUCUCCGCUGCAGUCACUCUUCUUCUUAUAUCUCAUAUGUCUUCCCUGUGCUCUUUGGAAGUCGGCAUGGAUAAAAUCAAGAUGAAAAACGAGGCUGGACAAGUGAUCAAGCUUCUUCAAGACAAGUCUGGCUAUCACUCUGGUUCCUGCACUGCCUAUAACGGGUUUACCACGCUUCGUUCCCUCGAUGAUCUGCUUUGUGGAAGGAAAAAUAGCCUGAAUGUAUGCCAAAUAGCCUUCUAUGUCCCACUCAUCGGGAAAUUGCAAGUCAAACGCAACGAGCAGACUUCUCAAGCGGAUGAUGAGUGGUCUUCGGAAUUUCUGUCAGCUCUCGGACUUCCCAAUACAAGCGAGCAGAUCUUUCAACCAGACCCAGAUUCCUACAUGUCUCUAGAGCCUUCCAUUGAUCUGCAAAAUACGUGA